UGCAACCAUGAAUUUCCUCAAACGUAUGUAUCAUGUCAUAUUACUUCCAAAGUUCAAACCCACCAUGUUCACACACUGUCAUUAUUCUGUCUUUCUUUUACCCCACAAGCCUAUCAAACACCAACUCAAUUCAUCAACAAACAAAACAUCUUGAUUUCAUUGCUUUCACUAUCUUCUCUUCUCUCUCCCAUCCUCUUCUUUUAUCGCAAAAAACAAAACCUUCUUUCUCUCCAAAUUAAUCCACACCCAACAAAUAACAAUCAUUCUUCUCUCAAAUGGCGCUUGCUGGUUCUGAAAUGGAGCUUAAACUUCAAGCUAUAAACAACAAGAAAACCGCAAUUUCAAGAAGCUGGAUUUUACUUGACCGUGAUGGAAGAGACAUGGUAUUGGAUGUGGAUAAGUAUGCUAUCAUGCGUCUGGUUGAAAUUCACGCAAGAGAUCUUCGAAUUAUGGAUCCUCUUCUUUCUUAUCCUUCUACCAUUCUUGGUAGAGAGAAAGUCAUUGUUCUCAAUCUAGAGCAUAUAAAAGCUAUUAUCACUGCCGAAGAAGUUUUGGUUAGAGACCCAAUGGAUGAAGAUGUUGUGCCUGUUGUUGAAGAGCUUCGAAGAAGGUUGCCAGUGAAAGGAGAAGAAGAGUCUUGUGCUCAAGACGGCGGAGAAGAAAAUGAAUUUCCAUUUGAGUUUCGGGCGUUGGAAGUUGUAUUAGAGGCAACUUGUAGUUUCCUUGAUGCAAGGACAAGAGAGUUGGAGACUAAUGUUUAUCCAGCUUUGGAUGAACUAACAUCUAAGAUCAGUAGUCGUAAUUUGGAUAAAGUUCGGAAAUUAAAAAGUGCGAUGACUAGGUUAACAAAUCGUGUUCACAAGAUAAGAGAGGAACUAGAAAAUCUACUUGAUGAUGAUGAUGACAUGGCUGAACUUUACUUAUCAAGAAAGUUAUCUAUUUCAUCCUCUCCCUCAUCGAGUAACUCUGAUGGACCCAAUUGGCAUCACAGUCCAAAUCAAGGUUCGAAAAUACACCGAUCAAGCCGAGGAAGCGCAACAACACUUCACGGAGAAGAAAAUGAUGUUGAAGAGCUUGAAAUGUUACUAGAGGCCUAUUUCAUACAAAUUGAUGGUACAUUAAAUAAAUUAACCACGGUGCGAGAAUAUAUCGACGACACAGAAGAUUACAUCAACAUACAACUUGAUAAUCACCGAAAUCAACUGAUUCAGCUAGAAUUGUUCUUAAGUUCUGGGACUGUUUGUUUAUCAAUAUAUUCACUGGUGGCUGCAAUAUUUGGUAUGAAUAUUCCAUAUACAUGGAGAGAAGGUCACGGAUAUGUAUUUAAAUGGGUGGUGAUUCUUACUGGAAUGGCUUGUGGAUCAUUCUUUUUGUCAAUAGUAUCUUAUGCCCGACGCAAAGGUCUUGUUGGAUCUUGAAGUGUAUAGAAAGUGUAAAUUCAAGUUCAACAAUAAUACUCCUUAUUUGUUGUAUGGUGUAAUAUUUAUAAUGGCUUUUAUUUGUGUUAAUAGCUAGCAAGAAUUUUGUUUGAUAAAGUUGUAUGCGGGUUAAUAAAAAAAAUCCAGAUAAAUGUAAUUAGUUGUAAAAUUUUAUUUCAAGUUUUAUGCCUUCUUCACUAA